UUGGCUUCCCCUCGGCGUACUCCGUAAGACCGACGCCCGACCGGUUCAAUAUCUACUCGGCUUACAUUAAACACGCUGGUGUCACUCUCCCAGAUUUUGAUUACUCCUCCGCGCUGAUUUAGUGGGGGACCAGAAUAAAUUUUCUUCAGAGUCUUCGCGGCUUUCGAAAGAGUCGUUUGCAUCCACUUUGACAGGAACAUUCAGAGACAAAAUGCCGGACGUUAUCCUGUACGCUCACGAGAUCAGCGGGCCAUGUCGCGCAGUCUUGAUGACGGCGCACGCGAUCGAUCUUCCGCUGGAUGUUCGUAAGGUGAACAUGGCAGCGAAAGAACACCAGACAGAGGAAUUCACGAAGAUCAACCCCCAACGUUUGAUCCCAGCCAUAAACGACAACGGUUUCACUCUCUCGGACAGUCAUGCCAUCAACUGUUACCUGGUCAGCAAAUACGCCAAGAAUGACGCCUUGUACCCUAAGGACUUGCAGAAACGCGCAAGGGUUGAUCAGUUCCUUCACAUGGACUCGUCUGCGCUGUUCGCCGCUGCGAGGAACGCGUUCACGACCAUGUUCCGUAUGAAGACCGAGAAAGGGAAGAACUCGAAGAUCGAGGCGCCAGAAGCCAACGUCCAGGCGAUGAGGGACGCGUACGACUCUCUGAACAGGUUCCUGGAGGGUAGAAAAUGGCUCGUGGGCGAUUCCUACACCCUCGCCGACAUCAGCUGCGCGACCACUGCGUCCUGUGCAUGCGUUAUCUUGAAUCUGGAGGAUUACCCCAACGUGAACGCCUGGCUGAAAAGAUGCGAGCUCGAGCUCCCCGGCUACAAAGAGCACAACGAGCCUGGCAACAAUUUGUUGUUGAAAACCAUGCGCUCGAAACUCUCUGCUUAAGAUGUUCAACGCUGCGACUCUAUGGACGCUGACACGACAAAUUCACUUAUCGUUGGAUCGCGGAUAUUUGUGGAAAUAUAGCGAAAAUGUUUAUGAUAUUGGGAUUCCUUACGAAGAAAAUCAUUUUCUGUUCGAUGUCGAUCUGAAGGAUACCUAUGUUUAAACAUUUCGACUGGUUGCAUUGUUGCAUUUGUUGAAUACAAUGGAAUCGGUAUAGAUCUGCAUGUUUGCAUCGCAUUGAUUUUUGACUAAAU